UAUCCUAGUUGGUCAAUAGGCACUGACACUGUACUGUGGGAGGGAGGGAUGGAGAGAGAGAGAGAGAGAGAGAGAGAGAGGGAUAGCCAACUUUACACCAUCCUAUUAAAGAGAUCCGCCAGUUGGGUGUGCAGAGCAACUUGCAGCACCAACUCAAACAAGGCUUUCAAGUGCUGGAAGAGCAGUGAACUGCAUUAGGAGAUAUCGGUGCUGAAUCCUGCAAACAUGAUUGCCACCACACAGCAGAAUAUGACAACGGAGCUGCAGGACCUUGGCAGCACGGGAGGACCUCCUCGGAAUUGGAAGGGAAUUGGUAUUGCCAUGGUGGUCAUCCUGGGGGUCAUGUCUCUGGUCACCCUCUCAAUUUUUCUCCUCACCCCCGACGAGUCUCACCUCCUGCUGCUGUCUCGUCUCACUCUGGAGAACCUCGAGAGCGAGGAUUUUAGAGUUCACGACCCAUGUGCGACGUGGCUAAAUGAGAACGAGGUGUCACUUUGCACCCAGGAGGGUCACGUUUUAAUCCACAAUCUCAGCACAAAUCUAACCACCACGCUAUUGGAUAAUAGCACCCUGGAUCUGAAGUCCAUGAAGUUCCAGGUUUCAGCUGAUAAGAGGUUCAUCCUGAUGGCUUAUAAUAUCCACCAUGUAUUCUCACAGUCCUUCACAGCAUCCUUUGCAAUCUACACAGUGGCCAGCGGGGAGAUUAUGGACCUCACUCCAUCAGAGGAGGAUACGUCUGUACUUCAGUAUGCAGCAUGGGGACCUCAAGGGAACCAGUUGGUCUUUAUCUUUGAGAAUGACAUCUACUACAAGCCAGAUGUGUCUAGCAAGGCGAUGCGUCUGACAGCCACUGGCAGAAACGGAAUGGUGGUUAAUGGGCUGUCUGAUUGGACCUAUGAGGAGGAGAUAUUGCUGAAAUAUCCUGCGUUCUGGUGGGCCAAAGAUGGUGCACGCCUGGCGUAUCUGUCCAUUAACAACUCAGCCACUCCUUUUAUGGAGAUACAUCACUUCCUGGGUGGGGUCUACCCUUCUAACGUCCUCUACCCAUAUCCAAAGGCAGGUUCCAGAAUCCCAUCAGCCAGUCUGUUUGUGGUGAAUUUAUAUGGUCCAGCACACACAUUAGAGAUGAUUCCUCCAGACUCUCAGAACAGCAGAGAGAGCUACAUCUCUAUGGUGAGCUGGAUAAGCAGCACACGUCUUACUGUGCGCUGGUUGAACCGUGUCCAGAACCAGUCCGUGCUGUGUGUGUGUGAGGCCACGACUGGAGCCUGCUCAGAGAGGCACCAAAUGGCGAUGGACUUCUGGCACAACACCCAGCGGCAGGAGGAGCCGUUGUUCACGGCAGAUGGUUCUCUGUUUUACCUCAUCCUGCCUGCCAAGCAAGGGGCCCGUGGGGAGUUUCUCCACAUCGCCAGCCUCCCUGCUCAGGCUUCCACUCCUUCCGUUUCUCCUCGCUUUCUAACGUCAGGGAACUGGGAUGUAACCUCGCUGUGCGCUCUUGAUGAGGAUAACGAUAAAAUCUAUUUUCUGAGCACGGAGGAGUCGCAGCAGAGCAGACACUUAUACAGCGUGGAGCUUGGAGGAGUGUUUCAUCGCCAGUGUCUGACAUGCAACCUGUUUGAGCGAUGCAGCUUCUUCAAAGCGGACUUCAGCCCCAAUCAGACAUACUUUACCCUCUAUUGCUUGGGUCCGGGCGUCCCAAAGGUGACCAUUCACAGCACAAGUGAUCCUUCCAGUUACAUGGUGGUGGAAGACAACAGCCUCCUCGCUAUGUCUCUUGAAACCAAGAGGCUCUCUGAGACCGUUUUCCAGACGCUUUCCUCCGACAACAGCGACCUUGAUGUUAAGAUGUCCCUGCCCCCUGGGUACGAAGGAAACCUGCACCCUCUCCUUAUUAUCAUUGACAGUAUUCCUGGCAAGCAGUCGGUGACAGAGGAGUUUGCCCUGGGCUGGCCGGAGGUUUUGUCCAGCCUGCAUGGAGUAGCGCUGGCCUGGAUCGAUAGCAGAAGCCAGGUCUCGCAGGGGCAGAAAAGCAGCACCCUGGACCCUCGUAAGCUGGGUUCCCUUCGCAUUAAAGACAAGCUUGGAGUCGUGGAAUGGUUAAUGCAGUUGCCGUACAUUGAUGGGAGAAGAAUAGCUGUUUAUGGAAAGGGAUUCGGUGGCUAUUUAGGUUUGAAGAUGUUGACGGCAACCGAUCAGAUGUUCAAAUGUGCCGCUGUCAUGGCUCCCAUCACAGACUUCAAGCUCUAUAGUGCUGCCUUCUCGGAGAGAUAUCUAGGCCUUCCAACUAAAGAGGAGCAUUCAUACAUGACUGCUUCUUUGUUGGACGACAUCAGUAAGCUAAAAGAUGAAAACUUCCUCCUCAUACAUGGGACUGCAGAUGCGCGGGUACAUUUCCAACAUAGCGCUGAGUUGUUGAGUCGUCUCGUGAAGGUAGAGGCCAACUACACCCUUCAGCUGUACCCAGAUGAAGGCCACACCUUGAGAGAAGAGCGGAGCGAUCAACACCUGCACCGCACCCUCCUUCAGUACCUCCACAACUGCCUCAAAUACGACCCCUUCCUCAACAUGGAGGAGGAAGAGGAUGAGGACGAGGAGGAAGAGUGAUCUCUUCCACUGUGUCCGCUCUCUGUCCUUAAAGGUGCCCAUUAUGGUGACUAACUUCAGGUUGCGUUACUUCACCAAAGGAAAAGGGAGCCAAAUGGAGAUCAAGAGGACCAAAUCCACCAGCUAUUUACCACAAACUCAACUUUGGGGUGUUUUUUUUUUUUGUUAAGACUGCAACUGUAAAUGUCUCCUGAGUGUCCAGGAAGAUGAAACACAACUGCUCUGGUUCAUACAGUUUUCAAGUAAAUCACACACACAGUAUAAUGUCUAAGGACCCCAUGUAAUCAACAUCUUUAGUCAGUUUAUGUAUAAAAUGGGUAAAAGAUGCUGCAUAGGCAUGUUGAUCAGCCUUGAUGUUGUAACGCCACCUUGUGGUGAAAGAGAACUAAUGUUUUGUGCAGCAUGGAUAGUGAAGUUGGAAAUACUAGUGGUCAGCAGAUACAGUGUUAUUGUUUUACUAAAACUGUUAAAAGUCAUUUUGUAAAUUGAAAACUGAAGUUAAGCUAAAGCUGAAUACAAUAUAGGGCUUUUCACACUUUACAUUUUUAAUCCUGGGUAAUUCUAAACUCCUGGUAAACGAAAUCCUGGGUUAUCUUUAUUCACGUUUCACACUGCUUAUACUAUACCCGGGGUUAACAGUUAAUCCUGGGUAUUCAUAAGCUACCGUUUAACACUGCACAUUCCUAAACCCCGGGAUAAAGUGCUUAUCUGCAUAUUUGCGGUGUCAGUGUCACUGACUGGACAAACGCAGCACGUGACCUGUUUAUAUAUAAACUCUAGCAUUGCGCGCCCUCAUAUUGCACAUUGCUGACUGAAAUAUCAAGUUUUUUAUGAGUGAACUUUUCGAACUAUAAAUGUAAGAAUGACGGCCUCUUCUGCACACUAAUUGUCGCGUUUUCCAUCGCCGGUUGAUAUUUUUCCUAUCAUAAGCAGAAACGACUGUUUAUACUUCGCGCGGUUUCCUUGACUGCCCAAACCGCGUGAAUAUAAGGCACGCGAUUGGUUGUCGGUUGCUAAGCAUCUAGUUGUAACAUUCUAACACCGCAUCGUUUCACACUACGCAAAAGCGGGGCAGGGUUUCAUAACCCUGGGUAAAAAGCGGUGUUAACCCCGCAUCUAAAUUACAAGUGUGGAACGCUCCUUUACCCGGGGUUAAAAGCGGUGUUUAGAACGACGAUAACCCGGGAUUAAAGGGUUAGUUCACCCAAAAAUGAAAAUAAUGUAAUUUAUUACUCACCCUCAUGUCGUUCUACACCCGUAAGACCUUCAUUC